AUGGAUUCACCUCACCUGACCGUGGAUAUUUUCACCCUCAUCAACGAACUAGUCUCCUCUGCUCCUAGGCAAGGUAACCUCUUCGUCCUGAGCAGUGGACUCUCCUACACUACACGACUAAUCCUCAUGAUGCAAUCCUCGGUCUCGACCCUGAUCAUCCGGUCGACUCCCUCCACCCCGACCAUACAGCCCUUUUCUUUACGUAAAUUCGGACGCACGAGAGCGGACGGCGGAUGCGGUGGAUUCUUCGCUGGCGGAGAUCAGUUCGCCAGAUGCUUGACACGACAUAUCGGGGGGUUAGGCUCGAAUUCACGAAUCUUCUCUCGGGUCAGGAACUGGUGA